GUGUGGCACAGGUGCUGUGGUGUUACUCUGGGACAUGACGCUUGAGGUGGUCAGUGUUAAUGGAGAUGCUACAAGUUACUACCUCGAUUCUACCUCACACCUCGUGCAGGAAGCUGAUGGACUAAGGGUCUUGGGCAGCAUUACUCAUGAUGUACUACAAAAAGUGCCAUUGGUUGUGACAGAGACUCUUGGUAUUGGCUCUAUGGCUCCAGGUGCUCUGCUUCUUGAAGCAGCCAAGGGCUUUCAAGAGAGAAGCACUCGAGCCAAUGACUGUUUGGGUAUGAUCAAAGACUCAGUGGAAGAAGCCGUUAACCAGUGCCUGCAGGCUGCACAACAUGAGUACCGCCCACAGGCUCAAAAAAUGUUGCUUCGGGCAGCACUUUUUGGGAAGAGCUUCAUCCCAGAGAUGAACCCAGAACCCUGCAAGAAGGCCAUAUUCACUCUGAGAGUUCUUAAUGCUGUACGGGACUAUAGAGUAGGAUUGCCACUGACCUGGAAUGAACUAGAGCACCUCACUCUCCCAGUGCUUCUGGAUAGAUUGGUGUAUCGUCGCUAUUUCCCAUUGGCACUACAAAUUGCUGAUUUUCUGAAAUUGCCUGAAUCUGAUGGAACUUCUCGCAUAUUGGCACACUGGGCUUGUUAUAAGGUUUUGCAGCCUUCACAGAAGAGUGAUGAACAGAUAGCGAAAGAGAUCAACAGUAAGUUGGGCUACACUCCUGGAAUAUCUUACACUGACAUUGCUAACCGGGCUGAUCAGGCUGGGAGAAAGCAACUAGCUAUAAAAUUAAUUGAGUAUGAAUGCCGUGCUAAGGAGCAGGUGUUAGUAUUGAUGCGUCUGGGUGAAGAUCAGACGGCACUUAGAAGAGCUUUACAGAGUGGAGAUACAGACCUCAUCUACACAGUCUUGCAUCAUCUACGGCAGAAAUUGUCCUCGGGGGAGUUCCUGAUGCUCAUUCGAAACUUUCCUGUAGCGCAGUCACUUCAUAUCCGCAGCUGUCAAGAACUUGACAUGGAGCAGUUGCGAGAUAUCCUAGUUCAAGAGGAUGAUUUUCAUGGGCAGGGUCUCCUUAGAAUCAAAGAGGCUUACAAUACAUACCGGACAGAUUCCCAUCAGGCAUCACUCGUGGGUGCAGCUGAGCUUUUUAGGAAGGCCAAGAGUGAAUCAGCAUGUCAGAUGACAGAAGAACAAAUUAAGCUAAACAAGUGGCAGAUGAGAUUGGAGGAGAGUCAGCAGAAACCUUAUGCAAAAAAGUCCCUCCAUGACACAGUACAUCAACUUUUACUUGAUGGACAAAUUAAGGAAACAGAAAAAUUAAGAGUGGAAUUCAAGAUACCUGAAAGGAGGUACUGGUGGCUACGGGUUGUAGCUCAUGCUCAAGCUAAUCACUGGGAAGAGUUAGCCAACUUCUCAAAAAAUAAGAAAAAUCCAAUUGGGUUUGAGCCUUUUGUUGAUGCUUGUUUGAAAAAUGGAAAUAAAAUUGAGGCUCAAAAAUAUGCCAUGAAGGUCAGAGAUGAAAACAAAAUCACGUAUCUCAUUAAAUGUGGUCUCUUAGAGGAGGCUGUAAAGGUGGCUCAGGAGCAGCGUAGUGCAUCAAGUCUCACUAAAGUGUUAGUAGCUUGUGGACCUCAACACCAGAAUCUCCAGUCUCGCAUUCAAGUGCUGCUUAGUGAUUCAUCUUUCAAGAAUUAAUCCAUAAAUGUCUGCAGAUUUAUGUAACAGAGGUCGGCCUUGAUGUGGGUGAGGGAGGGGUCACCGACACUCCUGCGACUUCUGGCCAGAUCAUGCAUGCCAUGAUAUGGGUGUAGGAGGGAUCCUCCACCCUCCUGCUGCUAGUCGAGUCAUCCACCCUCUUUCUGCUGCGGGACAUGUCAUCCACACCAUAACAUAGCUAAAGGAGGAAUCAUCCAUCCUCAUGCUUCUGCUGCCUGGGUCAUCCACACCAUGAUGUGGGUGAAGGAGGAGUCAUCCACCCUGCUGCUGCUGGCCAGGUCAUCCACACCAUGAUGUGGUUGAAGGAAGGGUCAUCCACACCAUGAUGUGGGUGAGGAAGGGCUCAUUGACGCUGUUGCUACUGGCCGGGUCAUCCACUCUCCUGCUGCUGGCCGGGUCAUCCACCCUCCUGCUGCUGGCCGGGUCAUCCACCCUCCUGCUACUGGCCGGGUCAUCCACUCUCCUGCUGCUGACCAGGCCGUCCACACCCGCCUCCCAUACCUGUUGUGUGAUGGAUAAAUUCCUACCUUCCAGAUAUCUUAUAGAGGUUACUGACUAUGUAUAAGAAUAAUUAUCAUAAUAAGUAACUGCUUUGUUAUUCUUAUUCUUAUGAUAUUAUCUUCUUGUGGAUACUGUAAUUAUGUUAUUCUGAUGUAUAAAGAGUUGAGUUUCGUUGAUGCCUUUAGUUAAGAUAAGAAAAAAAUGUCUACCCCUUUUCAAAUGAAAUAAAGUAUACUUAUUUUU